AUGACUUUAAACACCAAAGGUCCAUGUGCUCAAUGUGCCAGAAUGUACAGCGCCGGUAAAGCAAGUUCGCACUUGCUUCAAUGCAUUCCGCAAACGUAUACUCCUUCUGAUUUAACAAGUGAAGGUUAUUUAAUUCGAAUUUCUUCAAAAGACCACCCAAGUUGGUAUUGGAUGUUUGUAACUAUUCCCAAAGACUUUACUUUGGAAUUAUUGAACGACUUUUUACGCGAUAUUUGGUUGGAAUGUUGCGGCCAUUUGAGUUCAUUUUACAUCAGUAAUCACGAAUAUUCAUCUCAUCCCAUUUCUGGAGAUGGAACCCAAACCAUGAACAAAAAAGUGGGACAACUCUUAUCGCCAGGUAUGAAAUUCAGAUAUACCUAUGAUAUGGGUUCGUCCACUUAUCUUAGGCUAGAAGUUACAGCGACAGUAGUUGCCUGCCCAUGCGAUGAUAUUACACUCAUGAUGAAAAACGAUCCGCCCGCUUUUUCAUGUGAAAUGUGUAACAUACCUGCUGAAAUCAUUUGUACUCUAUGCGGUGGGAAAACAUGCAAAGACUGUAAGGAAAGACAUUCUUGUGUAGUCAACGAAAAUGAUACAUAUAUGUUGUCACCUCUUGUCAAUUCUCCACGUACAGGUGUUUGUGCAUACGGAAUAGUGUAA